UUACGACAAUUGUCGGCGCUUUUGCGGCAGAAGCCGUGUUUGGUCGCAACGUGGAGUUGUUUACUAUGUUUUGACACCGCUCUCGGGUUUAUUGAGUAUAAGUGGAGCCUCUAACCAACAGCCACCCGUCUGCAAUCGGAGCGUUUGUCGAAAGGACGAAAUGGGGAAGCCAAAGAAAAAGAGUGACCUCAGCCGAGCUGAGCUGAUGAUGAUGACCAUUGCCGACGUCAUUAAGCAGCUUGUUGACGCCCACGAGGAGGGCAAAGACAUCAACCUGAACAAAGUGAAGACUAAGACUUCGGCUAAAUACGGACUUGAAGCCCAGCCCAGAUUGGUAGACAUCAUUGCGGCGGUUCCACCACAAUACCGUCGCGCUCUGGUGCCCAAACUAAAGGCCAAACCUAUUCGCACUGCCAGCGGGAUCGCAGUUGUGGCUGUGAUGUGCAAACCUCACCGCUGCCCACACAUCAGCUUCACAGGCAACAUCUGCGUCUACUGUCCUGGUGGACCAGACUCGGACUUUGAGUACUCUACACAGUCUUAUACUGGUUAUGAGCCAACAUCCAUGAGAGCCAUCCGAGCCCGCUAUGACCCCUACCUCCAGACCAGGCAUCGUGUGGAGCAGCUGAAGCAGCUGGGACACAGUGUCGACAAGGUGGAGUUCAUCGUGAUGGGCGGGACCUUCAUGGCUCUGCCUGAAGACUACAGAGACUAUUUCAUUAGGAACCUACACGAUGCUCUGUCGGGACACACCUCCAACAACGUGGCCGAGGCCGUCAGGUACUCUGAGCGCAGUAACACCAAGUGUGUGGGAAUCACCAUCGAGACGCGGCCGGACUACUGCCUGAAGCGACACCUCAGUGACAUGCUGGGCUACGGCUGCACCCGGCUGGAGAUUGGAGUCCAAAGCGUGUACGAAGACGUGGCCCGCGACACAAACAGGGGCCACACGGUGCGAGCUGUGUGCGAGUCCUUCCACCUGGCAAAGGACGCCGGCUUCAAAGUGGUCGCCCACAUGAUGCCAGACCUCCCCAAUGUGGGCAUGGAGAGGGACGUGGAGCAGUUCAUUGAGUUUUUUGAGAAUCCAGCUUUCAGGCCAGAUGGCUUGAAGCUGUACCCGACGCUGGUGAUCCGGGGCACGGGGCUGUACGAGCUGUGGAAGACCGGCCGCUACAAGAGCUACACACCCAGCGCCCUGGUCGACCUCGUGGCCCGGAUUCUGGCGCUGGUGCCGCCCUGGACACGAGUGUACCGUGUACAGAGGGACAUCCCCAUGCCAUUGGUGAGCUCCGGAGUGGAGCACGGCAACCUGAGAGAGCUAGCACUGGCCAGGAUGAAGGACAUGGGCACUGAGUGUCGAGAUGUGAGAACCAGAGAAGUGGGCAUUCAGGAGAUCCAUCACAAAGUCCGACCUUACCAGGUGGAGCUGGUGCGCAGGGACUACGUGGCCAACGGCAGCUGGGAGACUUUCCUCUCCUACGAGGACCCCGAGCAGGACAUCCUGAUUGGCCUGCUGCGUCUGCGCCGCUGCUCUCCACAGUCUUUCCGUCCCGAGCUGAAAGGGGGUGUGUCCAUCGUCCGUGAGCUGCACGUCUAUGGCAGCGUCGUGCCCGUCAGCAGCCGGGACCCCAGCAAGUUCCAGCAUCAGGGCUUUGGUAUGAUGCUGAUGGAGGAGGCGGAGAGAAUCGCCAGGGAUGAACACGGCUCCGGAAAACUGGCCGUCAUCUCCGGAGUAGGAACAAGGAACUACUACAGGAAGAUGGGCUACAAGCUGGAGGGGCCAUACAUGGUGAAGGACCUUUACUGAGCAGGAACGGACUGAACCUGGACAAUGUUCAUACCUGGAAAAAGUGCGCACAAAAAGACAUGCAUACACGCACAAAAUUGUGUUAUUUAUCAAGACAAUAAUCCUCGGGGAACGUAAUUCCUGCGGUAUUUUUAGUGUUCUGUUCGCCAAGCAUCAGAGGAGAUAGUGGUCAGGUUUUUUUGGGGGGGGGGGGUUUCUGUCAGCCCAUGCGUCUGCUUUUUAUCUGGGACACACUCGAAAAAUGCUGUUGCAUUUCUUCUGUUUAGUUCAGAUAAGGAGACGGUGUGAGGACGUCAGGAAUAAUAAUAAUAAUAAUAAUAAAAAAGUUACCUGAGCAUCUUGUGAAUGAGGUAGUGAGUUCACUUAGAGAUGCAAUCGAGCCGAUGUGGACAUUUGACAUUUAAAACGUUACAUUUCCGUCUGCUCCUCGCCUAAACACGUACUAAAAUAAGAUGUAACAAAGGUGCCACCAUUGUCAUGUGGAGGAGAACUGACAACGAGGCUGCUGUGGCAUUUUUUAAUUCCACUGAGAUGUUGCGUUUCAGUGUUGAUUCAGGAUGAGAAACCUGUUUAGCAUCGCAGUUUGAGUUAAUCAUGUUUAUGCUGCAACUAAAUGGAAAACCCAUUAUUAGUCGAGCGUUCAUUAACGGUUGGCAGUGGAUGAAUGAACAGUGGGAAGUGUCCUCACUGGCCAGCCGUUGUGUAAUUGCACAAUUAUGAUUUAUAGGGCAGGAAAUGUAAUAUUAGUGUUGCAUAAAUUCCUUUAUUUUUUUUUUAAAAAAAGCUCCACAGUUAAUCCUGUUUCUUGUUUUUCCUUUCACGCUUUCUUGGGCUCCAUGUAUUCUGGAAAAUUCCAGUUGGAACACGACACUUGACCAUUUUCUUUUACUCAAGAAAAUAAAGUAUAUUUCAGUUAUC